CUAUAACAAGGGGGCGGUUCCGCGCGCGCCUGCUUAGUAGGCGUCGGCCGGCAGGGCGGAGGUUAGUCCUCCGCGCUGCGACCCCCGCGGAAAUAAGAUGAACGGGACACAGAACUGGUGUACCUUGGUGGACGUGCACCCGGAGGGGCAGGCCGCGGGCAGCGUGGACAUUCUCAGGCUGACUCUACAGAGAGAACUGACAGGAGAUGAACUUGAACACUUAGCCCAGAAGGCGGGCAGGAAGACCUAUGCCAUGGUGUCUGGCCGCUCGAUCAGUCAUUCCCUGGCCUCAGAACUGGUGGAGUCCAAUGAUGGACAUGAGGAGAUCAUUAAGGUGUACCUGAAGGGGCGGUCUGGGGAUAAAAUGAUCCAUGAGAAGAAUAUCAAACAGCUGAAGAGUGAGGUGCAAUACAUCCAGGAGGCCCGGAACUGCCUGCAGAAGCUCCGGGAGGACAUAAGUAGCAAGCUUGACAGAGAUCCGGGAGAUUCUCUCCGUGGACAGGAGAUACAGGUGGUGUUAGAAAAGCCAAAUGGAUUAAAUCCAAGCUCCACGACCCAGUAUAGCAGUCCACCUGAGGUAGAUGCCUACAUAAGUGAAGAUGCCGAGAGCUUGAGAAAGACUGUGCGGGACCUGCUUAUCAAGCUGCGGGAGGCUGAGCGGAAGCACCAGUCAGACCGAGUGGCUUUUGAGGUCACACUCAGCCGGUACCAGAGAGAAGCAGAACAGAGUCAAGUGGCCCUUCAGAGAGCAGAGGACCGAGUGGAGCAGAAGGAGGCUGAUGUCGGAGAGCUCCAGAAGCGCCUGCUAGGCAUGCAGGCGGAGCAUCAGGCCUUAUUGGUGAAGGUCAGGGAGGGAGAAACAGCCCUGGAGGAACUUCGGAGCAAGAACACUGACUGUCAAACAGAGCGAGAAAAGGCUGCCAACCUGGAAAAGGAAGUGGCCGGGCUGCGGGAGAAGAUCCACCACUUGGAUGACAUGCUGAAGAGCCAGCAGCGGAAAGUGCGGCAAAUGAUAGAGCAGCUCCAGAAUUCAAAAACUGUGGUCCAGUCAAAGGACAGCACUAUCCAGGAGCUUAAGGAGAAAAUCGCCUACCUAGAAGCAGAGAAUUUAGAGAUGCAUGACCGGAUGGAACACCUGAUAGAAAAGCAGAUCAGUCAUGGCCAUUUUAGCACCCAGACCUGGACCAAGACCGAAAACCUGGGCAACGUGAGGAUAUCCAAGCCCCCCAGCCCUAAUAAGCCCAUGCCUCUUAUUCGAGUGGUGGAAACAUGAGCAGAAGAGCUGGACGCUGCUGUUGCCGCUGCUUCUCACCUGCGGAGAAGCCGCUGCCCCUAUAGGCUGCUCGCCCCAACUUUGAAUUCCUGACUGAUCCCUGGGCUGGGGGUCCAUGUGUCCCACUGUUUCCAAGCUCCUGCCCCCUGUGUGCUGGGCAGACAGAGGAUGCACACCCCUUCUGGACACUGCAGCCCUGGAGGACGUUCACCCACCAGCGAGAGCCAGGGCAGUAUCCUUAUUCCUAUAGUUACUAGUUUUCUCUGUAGUAGAGCCGCCCUUCUCUUGUAGGCUGGAGUUCAGCUGCCCCAGGAUCCAGGCCCUCACUGGGUCGGGAGAGGUGGCAAGAUUUCCCUCACCCAGAGAAGCUGGAGGCACCAAGGUCUACAGCGAGGGGAGGGUAUCCGGGGAAGGGGGAAUGAAGUUCCCUCCACAAACACAGCUCAGUUCCUCACAACUCAUUGUUUUUCCACUCACUCUGCCCUCAGCCCCUGCCUACCCGGGCCUCCUACAGACAGACCCAGAGCGACCUGUCAUGGCCUGGGGCAGAGUCAGUGAGCUGCAGCUUUGACUGGCCAACCUUGUCUUCCUGGGAGAAGGAAAUGUACAUUCCGGGAGUAGCUUUUAGUGGAAAGGUUCUGUGGGGCCACAGGGAGUAAUGUGUGACUUCUCUCUGCUGGGGAGACUCCCAGCAUCUCUUAGGGUUUUCCCCUAAGAUGCAGUGCAAGGUACACCUCAGUCUUUUUGACUCAAGAGCUAAAAACUGUUUUCACUGGGUUACAUUGAUCUCAGUGAAACUCUCAUUGUAUUUAUUUUGCUAAGUUAUUGGUGUUUUCCCUUACAUCUCACGAUUGAUUUAAUAUUGGAGUUUUAUAGCCUUCUCUUGUGGUGUUUGGAUUUGCUCCAUGCUGGGAAAAAUGUGUUCCCACUGGACUUGUUGAUUUCAGAAGUAAAUCUUUCUCUUUUCCUUCUAUCUGCUUCUUUCCCUUCCUCCUUCAAACCUGAUCUGAGCCUCAGGGCUGCAAGCAUAUUUGUCCUGAGGCUUUGGGGUCUGAGUGUGUGUUGUUUGAGGGAAAAGGGUGAUCAGGAUUCUUGGGGAGGGAUUGAGUUCUUCCCCUCAGCCCUCUGCACCCUCUGCUCCACAAUCCAUCUGUUUCCCUGGCUCUGAACGACCCUGACACUCAUCGUGUUUUCUUUAGGGCUCUUCCUGCAGCCUCAAGGAGGAGAUAUGCAUCAGAAUGUGGUACUACUGUACUGGUACUGCUGUAGGGCACAGAAACAUUCAAAGUCAACAUGGGUUAAGUCUUUAGGUCCUCUUUGGCUUGAAACCGGAAGCCCGUGUGCUGGGACUGGGUGGACAGGCUGGGGUCCAGAGUGCCAUGCUGGUAUUCUCGUUCACUUUCCUCAUUUGUAAAACGAGGGGGUCCGGAUAAUUUCCAUGGGCCCUCCCAGUUCUGAUGUUUUUUUCCUGUGGCAUAGUCUUUAUAUGGCAAACUUAAUAAAAUAUGUUAAAUGUGUCUCUUUGAGCAGCUGGCCUAUUCCCCUGCCCCACUCCACCACCCCCAACUUUUCUGGGAGGAUGAAAAAACAUGAUUUUAGUGCCUGUUGAAGCUGGGCCCCCUGUUGUCCACAUCUGGAAGGUAUGGGCCAAGCAGCCCAAACGCUAAAGGACUGUGGCAUUCAGAGGAGUUAGAACGUUCCUCUGAAGCAGCUCAGCUUUGUGGGCUGGGUCUUCAUUGUAGGAGAUGGCCCCCAACUAUGGCCCUAUCUGAGGUGGUGGCUUUGUGGGAGCCCUACAGUUAGCCAAUGUGUGUCCUCCUUGAUGGGAGAGAAGAACUGGUCACAGCAGAGAUUCUGUGUUCACUUAGAGACUCACCAAUCAACAUGGGAGGAAGUGGGAACCACUCCAGGUCCUUUGUGGAAACGCCUAGCGCUCUGGAAAUGCUGACAGCAGCCGUUUAAGCAUUCUGCGUUUGGCUCUCUCUGGGCAUCGUUCAAUUAGUCAGUCCACUGAUCUUUUUCUUUCUCUCUGCCAAGAAUAUAGUUGACUGCAGAGCCCCCUGGGGCAUAGCCAAGUUUACACAAAUCUUUCCUAGACCAAAGAAACUAAAAAUGCAGCUGCCUUUAUUCCCUGGCCCCUUCCCUCUCGUUCCCCUUUCUCCUUCACUGGGAAGCGUGGAAAUUUUUCUCUUAGGAUGUUUCUUCUCCCUUCUGCUUGUCAGCAAAUUCACACCCCAGGUUUCAGAAUGCACUGGAAACCUUCCAUUACAGACCCAGGUCUGCGUUUUGACGGCCCAGGGUUCUCUUUUUUCUUUGGCAGUCUUGCUUGACCUGGGUCUAUCUAGACUGUGCUUGUUCACAGAGUGUGAAGAGGGUGGAAGCCGGGUGGGGUUGCCUGUGGCGCCAAGACUUGCAAGGCUGGAAGGCAGGAGUGAGUGUACUGCCUUACAGGAAAAGGAUGCUCUCACCCAGAGCCUCAAGGGUUUGGUGGGAUGAGCAGAGACUUGGAUUGGAGAUAAAGAAGUGGUCUGGAGACUAGAACUGGGGCUCUGCGAAAGUCCUGGGACCAAACCAUGCCUUCCUGUAUAUUUGCCCCUGUCUACUUGUCUCACCAUUGAAAAGGAGCAGGGGCUUGCUCCCAAGGCUAAGGAGGAACAAUGGGAAGACAAAGCGGUGUGAAAGCAAAAGGUCAUUUAUGUCUUAGCAACCUUUCCAAUAGAGAGCGAGAGAGGGGAGGAGGACAUGGAGCCCAGAGCCUGAGGAAGGGCGUGGUGAGCAAGCUGCUCCUUGAUUUCAGCAAUCUGUUUAUUGCCUGUGUUAGGUCACUGGUAAGCCAACUCUUCCGUGCUGCCUGAUGAUUUUGUGGAGGGAAGAUUGAAUCUGCCUGCCUGGGACCUUUGCCAUGAAGGCCUGUUUCUUUGAGCUGGGUGCUGAGGGCUGCCUGGACACGCAGCCAUCAGCAACCAGUUUCCUACAAACCUGGAGCAUCAGCCCCAACGUGGGAAAAGCAGCUUUGCAGGAGCACUCCUCGGCUCCCACAUCGUGUACCCUUCUGCAAACAGAAAAAAGCCCAAGAGGGACAUGGUAUUGCAACCAAGAGGUGCAUGGCAACUUCUGGAAUUUUUGUUUCUUUUAGUUUUUAAGUUCCAGUUAAUACACAGUGUAAUAGUAGUUUCAGACAUGCAAUUUAAUGAUUCAA